ACACGGGAAGCGAUGACGGAUGUGAUCAGCAUUAUCUCAUCUGAAUACGCCAAAUGUUGAAAGUUUCACAUGAAUUAAUCAGAUCCCGACUCAAAGUCCGCUAUUGUUACUUGAGUAUCGAAUGAUCAGAUAGAAUCGUGUUUAAGAAGGGAGGCGAGGUGUUUAGAAGAACAAGUUUUACUGUGAUCUAAGACCAGUUAUGUAAGUGCGCAGAUUACAAACUACAACCAGAAGCAUUCGACUUAUCAUACAGCUGUUCAUCUCAAAGUGACCGCUGCAGGGAGACUCGAGCCAGCAUUAUGUGGAAAGGAGUUUUACACCCAGUGGUGCUGGUGGUGUUGGUGGCUGGCUGUGUGGGAGAACAGCAUCCGACAUGUCAGCUGUGGAAGAAGAUGGCGCAACAGCUGUCCAACGAGCCCCGGAAACAGAUGACUUGCUUCGCCAACGACACACACCCUUGCACCAGUCUGCGAUGCUCUGGGACAUACAAGUAUACUUCGUUCAUGCCGGACUCUGCAGACAUCGAGGUUGACUACUGCUUCGGGAUGAGGCUGAACCACUGCGACAACCCCGUCUCCAUGGACAUCUACCUGGUGGUGCCCAACAAGAACAUGAGCUACAACAAGAGGAUUUCUCACAACACUCAGAUCAAGAUGCCUGGGUUGUCGUUCCACCUGAAGAGUCUUGGAACCGUGGACGUGUUCCUGUACUUCUACAUGUUGAGGAACGCUUCCAACAUCCACAUGUCGAUCACAGCUAAAUUCAGGAUAACGUCGUUCAUGAACACCAUCAUGUGGCCACCAUCACUGCAGAAGGAGAUUGUCCCCAUGGAGAGUAUCCCAGUGCCCCCCUGCAUGAAUGGUUCCACCCCGGCCCCUCCCACCACACUGCCAAUGGGAAGCUGCCACCCCCCGAGAUGGAUCGCUCCAACCAAUCCCCCAGGAGUGUCCUCAACUCCAUACACCCCACACAGCAGCAAGAAAGCAUCACUCACCUACAACCACCCCUGUUACGAAGACACGUUUAUCUGCAGUGCCGAAGAAGCGUGUGACCUCCUAACAAAAAAAUGUGUCUGUCGUUCCAACUUCCUUUACGACGUCCAGCAGAAGAGAUGCGUGUCUAGGAACCGUAUCGGCAUAAGAUGUUCCUCCUCCACCCAGUGUGGCCCUAAUGAGGCCUGUAUUCGGGGGAGGUGCCACUGCAAAGUCGGCUAUGCUUUCUCCAUGUUCUAUGAAGUCUGCUACGCAGGACGUCCCAAAGUCUCAACGGUCAGUCCCCCGGUCACCCAGAGACCCCAGGUGGUCACUCUUCCCAGCAAGCAGCAACCACAGACUGCCCCACCCUCAGCAAGCAACAGCACAGCCAUCAUCGCAGCCUCCGUCGUCAGCGGCAUUGUGGUCCUCUGCCUCAUCUGUCUGGUCAUCUUCUUUCUCGUCAAACGUGUCCGACGACCCUACCAGGACCGCGAGAUUCUCCUAUCUAAUGAUGACACCGAUGUCAUCAUGUAACAUGGCGUCGGCAGCAACGGAAACAGAUCUGAGAUUAAUCACGACUCCAGGUGUCUCUGUUAAUGUCAGUGUCACUGGUGACAUUAAGUUAAUAUCAACCUCAACUACAUGUUCAGUUUGAUAUUGACAAAAUGCCGACAUUGACAGGAAUCACGUUAUAUUUUAUGUAAGUUAAAUGUCAAUGUUGGAAUCAGCAUGGUGUCUGUGGUUAACAAUGACAUCAUUGAAUUUGGACAUUUGCAAUUUGUUAGUGUUAAACCCAGCUAUGUUUCAUUGUUGACAUACUUCGAUAGGGGUGAAACGAUGCACGAUACCUUUUUUCUAUAUUGACAAUAAUAUGUCAAUUUCUAUAGCACCAAACUCCACACCAAGUAUGCUCAAAGCGCUAACAAUGAAUAGCACAGCACAUUAUUACCCCGGAUAAC